GUCUAACUCGGAUCUUGCGUUACAAAAAUGGUAUCUAAAUAGUGGCUGAUAUUCUCUCAAUAAGCAAAAAUUUGAUUUUACUAUUAUGAAACUUCUUAAUCGUUCUUUUGAGAAAAAUGGUGCUGGCCAUGUUACUCUUGUCCCUGAAGAAGCUGAAGAUAUGUGGCAUGCAUAUAACUUAAUUGCACCAAAUGACCAGUUGCGAUCAACAACCAUUCGGCGUGUGCAAACUGAGUCAGCAACUGGGAGCACAUCAAGUAAUAAAGUUCGCACAACUUUAACCAUUCAAGUUGAGAACACUGAUUUUGAUACUCAAGCUUGUGUUUUGAGAGUCAAAGGAAGGAAUGUCGAAGAAAACCAAUUUGUUAAAAUGGGUCAAUAUCAUACGAUUGAUCUUGAACUCAAUAGAAAGUUUGUAUUAAAGAAAGAAAAAUGGGAUAUUGUUGCUAUUGAGAGAAUAGAUAAUGCUUGUGAUGCAACUAAGCAAGCAGAUCUUGGAGCUAUAGUCAUGCAAGAAGGAAUAGCUCAUGUAUGUUUAAUUUUAUCCUGUAUGACAAUUGUUCGUGCAAAGAUUGAAGUAAACAUUCCAAGAAAGCGGAAAGGUGACUGUUCCCAACAUGAUAAGGGUCUCUUUAAAUUCUAUGAUCAAAUAAUUCAAGCAGUUAUUCGACAUUUUAACUUUGAUGUUUUGAAAUGUAUUUUAAUUGCAAGUCCUGGCUUUGUUAAGGAUCAAUUUUAUGAUUACAUGUUUGCACAAGCUAUUAGACUAGAUCAAAAGAUCAUCACUGAAAAUAAAGCAAAAUUUGUUUGUGUUCACUCUUCUUCUGGUUUUAAGCAUUCACUUCAAGAAGUAUUAGCUGAUCCUUCAAUUUCUUCAAAAUUAAGUAAUACCAAGGCUGCUAGUGAAGUUAAGACACUUGAAGCAUUUCAUUUAAUGUUAUCAAAUGAACCUGCUAGAGCUUUUUAUGGAAUUGAUCAUGUUGAGAAAGCAAACGAUAUGGCAGCAAUUGAAACAUUAUUGGUUAAUGAUGCAUUGUUUAGGUCGCAUGACUUAGCCACACGAAAACGAUAUGUACAAUUAGUAGAAAAUGUGACAAACAAUAACGGCGAAGUAAAAAUAUUUUCAAGUUUACAUAUAUCUGGAGAGCAGUUAGCUAAUUUGUCAGGAGUUGCUGCCAUUCUCCGCUUCCCACUUCCAGAUCUUGCGGACGAGGUGUUUCAAGACAGCUCAGAUGAUUCGGAUAGCUAAUCUCACUAUAGUUUUGCAGAAUAUAAUGUAGUUAAAUAGGCGGAUUAUAACUCUUUUUAAUAGGUGUAGUUAAAAAUUUACAUCAAAUAAAAAAUAUAUAGA